CCACCACCGCACUCCAGCACUCAAGACUCCGAGAGAGAUGCGGACAGUCAGACACUUUACCAACAACCGAGUCCACGGACGGACGUUUUGUUGCUUAACGCCACUUACUCGAUACUUAUAACUCGAUUUUUUAUUAUAUUAUUUUUUUUUUUUAUUAUAUAUUUACUUCAAAUAAACAUUUAAAUAUCAACACUAAAUUGUGAAAUUAAUGUGUAAUUUUAUUGGCGAUAUUUUUAUUUUUUAAAAUUUAUUCUUAUCAAUAAAAUGGUUUUUUAUGGGACUGUUAAUUUUUAUUUGUGACGUGAUUGAUUUAAAUAAUUAUAAAAUAUAUUAAUAGACUUUUAAAUUUAUGUAAUUUUUUAAAUAUAAAAGACUUUAAGUGACGGAUAAGUGAUUUUUGUUUGCCAAAAUUUUUAUUAUUUUUACUCCAGUGGUUAAAAUAAAAAAAUUAGGCGGUUAAUUUAAUUUGUGAGACCGAAAUUUCCUUUAUUAAUUAUUAAAUAAAUUUUGUUCAUUUAUUUCAACAAUUAAUUAAUUAUUGAACAGUAUUCGAUAAAAAAUAACUGUGACCGCUUAAUUUAUUGAACAGGUUUUGUGGAUUUUAUUGUCAUCAUUGUUAUUAUUUUUUAAUUAUUUAAUGAAAGACAGUAGUGUUGAAAGUGUUAGAGUGUAAAAAAUAGUUAUUUGAAUAAUAUUUGAAAUAAAAUUUAUAUAUAAUAAAUAAAGUGAACGAAAUAAAAUAUGAAAAUGAGAGCAGCGGUAUUAGCCGCUUGCCUCAUGGGCAUUGCCCUAGCCGGUAGUCCGCGAUUACCGCGAACUUCUGCCGAUCAAAGAAGCACCAGGAAUGCUAAUAUUAAUCAUAACAUUACCAAUAUUUUACCUGCAUCCAUGAGAGGAUCUUCACGCAGUCGAGAGCAAUACCUCUUCAAUGUAUUUGAAGUGAUAGUAUCAACCCUCGAAUCAAAACUACAGCGGAUUGAAAACUUGGACAAGGCUGUCGAGCAUUUGAUGAGACGGGUAGAGGCACUGGAUUCACGUGUUAACGACAAUAUUGACAAGACAGACGCUGUAAUUACUAAGCUGCGAACCUUGGAUCUAAAGCUCUUCCAUGCACAACCCACUUUUCCGCCGGAAGUUAUGAGACAAAGUGAAGGAAUGUCUGAAAGAGCUGAUGGACAUCAGGAAGAGUCUGUUCCGGUAAUUCGUUUAAUACAUAAUGACAAUCCAACACCCGAAUAUUUGGGAGAAAAGUUACUGUCGUUAGAUCAAAAAGUAUCAGAUAUUGAUGAUAAAUUAGUCAACUUAAAAAAUCAAUUAGACAGUAAUUUUUUACCAAGUGACGACAUAAACGCCGAAGCUAGUGAAAAAAAACCAAUAAGUAUGAAUGUUAUUGAGAUAACAAAAGCAAUGAGUAAUGAAGUUAUGAACCACGUGACUAUUGAAAUUGAAAAUCUCCGGCAAGCUACCGGUAACAUGGACAGAAAAUUACAAUUCCAUAUGAACUUAGUGUCUGAUACACUAGGUUCUGUUUAUACGAUGACCAAAGAUAUUCACGAGGCGCUUAUUGAUAAGGGACAGCAACAUUCUGCGACAGACGUUAAUCAAACAACGGCCAAUAAUGAGCAAAAUCAUGUUGCUAAGCGAAGUAAGAUUGAUCGGCUCGUCGAAAAAAUUUAUCCUGUAAUUAAUUUUUCAGACAAAAUGGAUCAAAUUUGGACUGUAAUUGUGGGUACUAAAACUGCGGUAGACAAUCUAUUACCUAAGUCAGACGAAUUAUUAAUCCAAAAUCAACGUCAAGAACGAGCAAUAAGUACAAUCCAUUCUGACUUACGUACAAAAACUAAUCAAAUAAUUGAAAGUCUCGAGGACGUUGGAAAUAAAUUAAAGAAACAGGAAAAUGACAUUGCAACAUUUGCUCAGCGGCCAAUUCCAGCAGAGCUUUUACUAGAUCCAACAAUAGAUCGUCUUGUUGAAUACGAUCCCAACCGAUACAUUGCAUUGAAUGAUGAAUUUGCGCCAGAAGCAUUACCAGCAUCAACAACUACUACACCUUUCCCUACAUCAUCAUCAUUACAAGGCUCAUCAGCAGCUAACCCACCAUCAACAACACCAAUAAGUGUUUCUGUUUCGAUGUCUUCAUCUACGUCAAUGUCGACGUCUUCAGGUGGAUCGACAUCAUCACCAUCGUCCUCAUCCUCAUCGCCAAUAUUGUCGUCGUCAUCAUCAUCACCACUGAUACCGUCAUCAUCACAAAGAUCAACAACACGCAACCGCGGAGUUAUAUUCCCAAGUGUUAAGAACAAACCGAGCCCGGCUAAUUCAACCUUCACUACUGACAAUGUUGUCGUCAACUACAAGGACAUCAAGGGAUACUCGUGCGUUGAUUUACUAAAUGCUGGAAUGAGAGAAAGUGGUGUUUACUAUUUACAAAUACGUGGUACAACAUAUUGGUUCUUAAAAGUCUACUGUGAACAAGAAAUUGCUGAUGGGGGUUGGACUGUAAUACAACGACGUGAUGAUUUUGGUGAUCCACGAGAGAAUUUUAAUCGUGACUGGGCAGAUUAUAAAAAUGGAUUUGGUGAUCCUGCACGCGAAUUCUGGCUUGGUAAUGAGAAUAUUUAUAUGCUGACGAAUAAUGAGGAUUAUUCAUUGAGAGUUGAACUUGAAGAUUUUGAAGGCAAUAAAAGAUAUGCCCAAUAUUCACACUUUAAAAUUUAUUCAGAAAGUGAAUAUUAUAAAUUAGAGAUUGAUGGAUACGAAGGUAAUGCAGGUGACUCAUUAAAUGAUCCAUGGUACGGUUCUAACAAUAGUCCUUUCUCUACUUACAAUCGAGAUAAUGAUAGAUCAUCAUUGAAUUGUGCUUCAAUGCUGAAAGGCGGAUGGUGGUGGAAAUCAUGUGGUAGAGGAUUAAAUGGACUUUACUUAAAUGAUCCACAAGAUCUUACAGCACGACAAGGUAUUGUUUGGUUCCGUUGGAGAGGAUGGGACUACACCUUAAAGAAAGCCACAAUGAUGAUAAAACCCAAGGGCCCAAUGUCUAUGAGUUAAAAUUAAAUUCUACUCAAAAACACGUGUUACUUAUCACCUACAGACUUGGCGGCACAAAUUAAAAUUUAUUUAUAUUUAUAAAUAACAAAAUACCAAUUUAAUUUCUGUUAAAUAUUUUAUAUAUUUAAGACAAUUAAAAGAAGUAUAAAAAUAGUUAUUCAUACUCGAUAAUGAAUGAAAAAUUAAAACUUAAAUUUGAAUGCUGAAAAAAAAAUAUAAUUAAUGAUGAAUGCUAAGUAUUUUUUUCGCCUUGUUUGAGUGGUUUCGCCAUAUCAUUAUUUGUCCAUAUGAUUAUGAAAGUACACACAGUAUUCUUUUGUCACUAUUUUAUAAAAUAAGUGAUUUGCUCUUUUAUCAUUUAGAUUAAUUCGCCUCGUCGUUUUUAAGUGAUCUAAAAAGAGUUAAAUGAAAUAAAAAAUAUAAUUAAUGAAUAUGUAUUAAAUUCAAUUAAUUAAUUGAGACACUUCGUAAUCAGUAUAAAAGUAUCAUAAGAGAAUUAUCAUUAUAAUUAACUUUUAAUUUGUAUGGAUGUGAAAGAAGUAUAUUGAACAAAAAAAAAAUUAUUUAAAUUAUAAAAAAAUUAAUAAGUAAAAAAUAAAAUUUAUAAAAUUCUUUCUUUGCAGAAAAUAUUUGGCUGCAUUUUAUUAUCUAGUAGUAAUUUGUUUUUAUGUAAAUCAAUUAGUGAUUAAUAAAUCGAUGAGGCUAUCGGGACAAUACUGCAAUGUCCAUCUAACUUGAAAUAAUAUAUUCCAGAGAGUGCAUUAUUGCUUUAUAAAAUGAGAGUAAUUGUUAAGAAACCACCGAUUUACUGUUAAAAAAAAUAUUGAAAAUAACACAAAAAUGGCACUCUUUGGGUGAACGAAUGUAUAUUCAAGUUUUUUUUUUUUUUUAUUUGUAAAAA